UCACUCUUUCAUGUUCAGUUACAUGGCCCAACACAAAUCAAUUGUCCCUUUCUCUCUUUUCACUCUCUCUCACAGACUCUUCAUCUUCUUCCACCAUUCCUUCUUCUUCUGUCAAAGUGAUUCUUGAUCUUCCAGUUCAGAGCAGUUCCUCCUUUUUUCGCAGGGUUAGGCUUAUUUGUUGUACAAUGACUAGACCAACAACUCGAAAUAAAAAUAAAAGGCAGAAACAUGGGGAUGACGAUGGCAUUUCUGAAAUAUUGAGGAAAAUUCAUAAAACAGGAGCAGUGACUGAAGAUGAUAUGAGCCAACUGUAUAUGAUUUGGAAACCAGUCUGUUCAGGCUGCCGUGUUAAUACUAAAGACAACCCAAAUUGCUUUUGUGCAUUGGUUCCGCCUCCAAAUGGUACUCGGAAGUCUGGUUUAUGGCAGAAGAUGUCUGACAUUCUUGAAAGUCUUGGCCCUGAUCCAACAACAGAUCUUCGUGCUUCUGAUUGUUCACCUGCUGGUCUGACAAAUCUUGGUGCAACAUGUUAUGCCAACAGCAUACUACAGUGCUUGUACAUGAAUAAAUAUUUUCGUCAAGGCAUAUUUUCUGUAGAACCUGAUCUUUUAAAGCAACAACCAGUGUUAGAUCAAUUGACUCGGCUUUUUGUACAAUUGCAUGCUAGUAAAAAGUCUUUCGUAGAUUCUUCCCCAUUUGUUAAAACACUGGAGUUAGACAAUGGAGUGCAGCAGGAUAGCCAUGAAUUCCUGACAUUGCUUUUGUCACUACUUGAGCGUUGUUUGAGCCAUUCCAAAAUUGCUAAAGCAAGAACAAUUGUUCAAGAUCUUUUCCGAGGGACUGUGUCUCAUGUGACAACGUGUUCGCAAUGUGGAAGAGAAUCUGAAGCUUCUUCCAAAAUGGAAGACUUCUAUGGGUUAGAGUUGAAUAUCAAGGGAUUGAAAGAUUUAGAUGAAAGCCUAGAUGAUUACCUCGCCAUUGAAGAGCUCCAUGGAGAUAAUCAAUAUUUUUGUGGGUCAUGUAAAACAAGAGUCGAUGCUACACGCAGCAUCAAGCUCUGUACAUUACCUGAUGUACUUAAUUUUCAACUUAAACGUUAUGUCUUCCUUCCACAGAAUACAAUGAAGAAGAAAGUUACUUCUGCAUUUUCAUUUCCAGCUGAACUUGAUAUGCACGCUAGAUUGUCUGAGCCAUCUCAGUUUGAGUUGAUAUAUGACUUGUCAGCUGUACUGAUUCACAAAGGCACUGCUGUUAAUAGUGGUCAUUACAUUGCCCAUAUCAAGGAUGAAAACACUGGGCAAUGGUGGGAAUUUGAUGAUGAGAAGGUUACUAACUUGGGUUGUCAUCCAUUUGGAGAAGGAGCUUCAUCUUUUACUUCUAAAUCUGUUAAGAUGGACGCACUUCAUUCUAAUUGCUCUGAAGCAAUGCUAGCUGACGGUAAUGGUAUAGAUGCUCCUCAUUCACAAUCUUCACUUGUGGAGAUAUUUACAUCUGAUGAGGCAUACAUGUUGAUGUACCAUCUUAGGCAUAGAAAAAAUGUUGAUGAAAAGGGGGACAUGGUUUAUGGUGCUAACUUUAAAGAAGCAGAUCACAAUGCAGUUACUGCACAAGACAGUGCUUGUAUCCCUUCUCAUCUUUGUGACGAGAUUCAAAAUUUUAAUGCCACAUAUCUUGAUUCUUGCAACCAGUACAAACACAGGAAAGCAUUAGAACUAAGUUGUAUCGAUGAGAGGAGACAGGAAGUUCGAUCUAUUUUAGCUGAAUCUCCCACCCAACCACUAGAGCAACCGUCUUUUUGGAUCUGUAGUGAAUGGCUUCGCCAGUGGGCUGACUCUAUUGUUGUGACUGCUCUUGACAAUACACCUAUCCAAUGUUCACAUGGGAAAGUUCCAGUGUCUAAGGUUACCUCAAUGAAGCGAUUAUCUUCUAAAGCUUGGGAUAAAUUAUUGACUAAGUAUGGUGGGGGGCCAACUCUUUCUCACAAUGACUGCUGUUGGGAUUGUCUGAUCGAAGGGGCACAGAAUGUGGUGUCAGCUGACUCCUAUCGGGAUCAAAGAGAAUCAUUGAAGCAAUUUGCACGGGAUAUUCUCAAUGGAAAUUAUGAAGAUGGAAUGUACUAUGUGUCUAGACCAUGGUUGCAGCAGUGGUUGAAAAGAAAAGUUGGUGAUGCUCCAUCUGAAGCUGAUGCUGGACCAACAACAUCUAUUUGUUGUCCACAUGGACAACUUAGGCCUGAUCAAGCUGUUGGGGCCAAGCGGUUGCUUGUUCCUGAGGGUUUCUGGUUUUUCUUAUAUAAAGAUGCCAUUACUGUAAAAACAGAUGAUCCUCUCGGUUGCCGUGCUUUUCCUGUAGGCUCAAGUGAAUGUUUGCAAUGCCGUGAUGAAAUAUCUAAAGAGGCUUGCUUUGAGGACUCUAUGAGAUUAGUAAAACAAAUGCAACGACAAAAUCAUGAGAAGUUAUUUGUUGGUAAAAGUAUGCCACUUUCAUUACAUUGCAAGUAUUUCUUAGUUCCUUCAUCGUGGAUUUCGAAAUGGAGAAAUUACAUUAAUUUGGCCGUCAAGAAUUCUGAUACACCUGAAACUUUGGAUGGGGUAAUUGAUUCACUGAUGUGUGUAAAGCACUCACAGCUCGUAGAAAGGCCUCCUGAACUGAUUUAUAGACGUGGUGUUAUAAUCUCAAGAGAAUCUUCUGUAGAUGGCUUAACCAUCAUAUCUGAGAAUGAUUGGAAGUGCUUCUGUGAAGAAUGGAGUGGUAUUGAGACCAAAGGAAUAUCCGCAAGAAUUGAGAAUGUUAAUGAUUUGGAAGAUGCUUUGAACGGAUCCUGCAAAGAGAUGCCUAUAUGUGAGGAUCAACUUGAUCCUUGGGAUAAAGUGAAUAAUGGAAGUGGGAAGGGAGUGAAUAGACAACUUGUGAUUAAGACUAGUCCUGAGGUUUGUGAAAGUUGCAUUGGAGAAAAGGAAAGUUUUGAGUUAUUGCAGAAACUUAACUAUAGCGAUAAGGACAUUAGUGUAAUUCUUGUCCAUGGAAAGGAGGUCCCAAAAUCUGUCUUGGAUGCUGCAAAGCGCUUUGUUGAAACAGAUAGGAGGGUUUCUAAACGUUCUCGGAAGAUGAAAAAUGAGAGUUCAAUUAGCCUUAAAGUUUCUGCUUCAACAUCAAUUUACCAACUGAAAAUGAUGAUAUGGGAAUCCUUUGGGGUUGUCAAGGAAAACCAGAUACUACAAAAAGGCGAUAGGAGAAUUGAUGUUGAUAACGAACAUAUGACGCUUGCAGAUGUUAAUAUACUUGCUGGAGAUCAGAUUAUUGUGAGAGACUCUCAGAUCCAUGAAAAUCGAGAUAUUGCAGAAGAGCUUUGUGAUGAGGUAAUGGAAACGCAGCGUACCGAGACAGGAUUUCGUGGAACACUCUUGACGUCAAAUUUUUCAUCUCAGGUGGUUUAGGAAACAAACUUUUAGUUAACAUUUAUUGCUGUAUAUAUAUAUAUAUAAGUUCUGAAUGGAAAAUUUUGAGUGAGAAAAAGGAGUGUACUAAGAUACAACCAUGUAAAUUCAUCUGGACCUUACACAGCGUUGAAUGCAAAUUUUGUGUGCGUGAGAGAGCAAAUGCUCAAAGGUUGAAGGCACUGUCACUUACAUUGUGCAGAGUACAUCAAUCCUUUCUAGUUAAUUCGAUAUCAAACCUGAGGCUAACAU